AUGAGUGAACGUCAUUCGAGCACAAACUGGACCGGUCGUCAGACCACCAGUGUAUAUCCCGAGUCGACCCGCUCGCAAGAGUGGUCACCUCGUGGAGCCAGCGAGCAAACAGAGGGAAAACAUGCAGAAUUAGCAGAUUCUCGGCAUUCAGGGGCAAGAGAUCCAACCCCCUCUUCGUCCCCUGAUGUCGAAUAUACCCAUCCGCCUACCCCGGAUCUCUUCGAGUCUGACUCGGAGAGUCCGGUAUUCUCGCAUCUUGAGGACAUGGGGGCUAUGAGCAACGAUGACCAUGCAUCUAAUGGCUCGUCGAGGAACGGAAGAGUCGGCUUCAUAAGAGGAGUCGCUUCCGGUGGACGUGCACACACUGGCCAAGCUGCGGAUGAUCGCCCACCACCGCGAAAACUCUCCAUGGAAUCCCUUGCUGCAGCCGAACUGAUCGGCAGAGGCGGAUUCGGGCAUGUCUACAGAGGGCGGCAUACUGAUACUGGGAAGGUCCUUGCGAUCAAGUUAAUCCCCCGUUCAGACAAAGCCCAAAGAGUCAAAGACUCGCUAUGGAGAGAGCGCGAAGUGGGUGUGUGUAUCUCCGAGGCUAAAGCUCGAGUUGGCGGCCAGGCAGGCAGUUCGGCAAUUCUGGGCCUUUUGCACCUGCUUGGGGCCUUCUUGACUCCGGAGUGUAUCGUACUUGUUACGGAACUGUGUGUGACGGACAUGGCGGCAAUACGCUGCCUCGACGAGGACGACCUGCGGUUCUACUUUGGGGAACUUAUCUGCGGCGUGCGUUAUCUGCACGACGAAUUGGGAUAUGUUCACCGCGAUCUUAAACCGAGCAACAUCCUGCUGACCCGGGAUGGACAUGCCCAGAUCGCGGACUUUGGUCUCGUAGAGAGCAUUUCAAAUGUCAACUACGAGCCAAAGCCAUUGAGACCCGGUCGGGAUCACUUUCGCGGAGUAGGCACUCUUGGGUAUAUCCCACCAGAGGCCCAUCUGCUGGGUGUCCAGGGCCCCGAGGGUGAUGUGUGGGCCCUUGGGGUUAUCUUGUUCAGGCUUGCGACCGGAAUACACCCAUUUCGCCAAAAGGGCGAUGAUGAAGACACGGUCGUUGGCAAUGUGGCUCAUAGACCACUUACCAUGUCUUCUACAGAGAAUCUCUCUAUAAACUCUAUAUGCUGA